AUGGACCAACUCCUUCCCGCAGCUGUCGCCCAGCUGCUGAACUCGGUGAGCCCGGCACGUCUCUGCCAGGCCUGCUUCACGCUCGCAUCAUGCGCCGUCCUGGCCGUCGCCAUCACCCCAUCCAGGGAGCGGAAGCUCCUGGUCAACUACGGCGCCCGGGGUGAGGGGCAACAACCCAACACGCCGGCCGCGGGACGACAGGGCGACGGCGGCGACGUCCUGCUCAGGUCGGUCCGGAAGCUCACGUCGCUCGGCCAGGUCCCGCACAUGUGGUUCUUCACCUUCUACGCGACCUACAUCCUGUGCGCCGCCUUCUGGGCCGGCCAGUACCUCCUCGACGGCUCCGUCAUGGCCUCCAUAGCCCGAAGGCAGGCCGAGCUCGCCCCAACAUCAUCAUCCGAGCCCAACGGCAACGCCGCCGUGGUGGUGGCGUGGUGCCUGAUGCUGCUCCAGGCCGCCAGGCGGCUGUACGAGUCCUGGGCGUUUUCGAGGCCGUCCAGGUCCACCAUGUGGAUCGUCCACUGGCUACUCGGGCAGCUUUUCUACGUGGGCAUCAGCGUGGCCAUCUGGAUAGAGGCACCCGAUGCUGUCCUCCUGCAGGACCAGUUGCGCCCCUGGACAACAACACUGGGCGCGCUCACGCAUGACGCGCUGCUCAAGCUGGCCGUCGCGGUGCCGCUCUUCUCCUUCGCCUGGGUCUCACAGUACCGCUGUCACAAACACCUGGGAGGCCUCAGGAAGUACUCCCUGCCCGAACAAGGCAUGUUUCGGCACCUCGUCAGCCCCCACUACACCUGCGAGUGCCUGAUCUACUUGUCGUUGGCAAUUGCCGCAGCCCCCGAGGGACAUGUGUUCAACCGGACGAUGCUAUCCGCGCUGGCCUUUGUGGCGGUGAACCUGGGUGUGACGGCCCGGGGGACCAAGAGCUGGUAUGCGGAGAAGUUUGGGUCGGACAAGGUGGCGCACAAGAGGAUCAUGAUACCGUUUGUGUACUGA